UUACCCAAAGCAACUUAUAUGAGAGGUAAAAUACAUUCCAAUCGUAGAGCUAUUAAUGUGACGCAAUUUCAACCACUAACCAAAAGCAAAUGAAAAACAGAAUCUAAAAAUACAAUACAAAGAUUUAAGGAACAGACAAAACUCAAAUGGUACUCAAACAUUAUUCCAAAAAAGUCAAACUAUCACUGGAGCAACUGUUUAGUUCAGGGCUAAAAUGCAAUAAUGAUAGUAGUAAACAACAAUAAUAAAAUGACUUUAUUAAAUAAUAAAAUGGCCUUAUUAAAUUUACCCAUCAGAAAUAUAGGACAACAAUUACAUGAAACAAUACCAGAUUUCUUAUGUGUCUCUUUUAAGCCUCAAACUGUGCCUCGCAAUUUGCCCUCCUUAAUGCAGUAAUGAAAAGAGUUGCUAGAACAUUUUAAACAUAUCAGACAAUGUUGGUUAGAGAUCAUCGUAUGUAAUCAUUGAAAUUUCACAGAAAUUGCUGUGAUUUGGUGGAAGUGUCUUCUCAUAAGACGUUCCACCAAGACAUACACAAUGUCCAAUACACUACUUGUGCUAAUAAUAACUUAAUUUAAACCAAAUAAUUAAAAUCAAUUUAAUUUAAACAUUUUCUCCAUAGUGUUAAAACGUGCACUGUGGUGUACUAACUAUUCUCAUUUUAAGUGGAUGGAAUGACUGUUAGCAUUUAAAGUUAAAGUUGUAUCCUUAUGUUUACUAACAUGAGAAAGUCUUGCAUUUGUCUUAGUAACUCUUAUUAACAAUUGAGAGAGCCCUUGUUUUUUUUCAUAUAAGGUUUAUUUCCCCCCACACACUCCCCACUUCUCUUUUGGUUGGUAAUAUAAUAUACUUUAUAUGUUUUGAAAUUGAACAUGUUUGAUUGAGGUUUAAAGAACUGAAAUCAUCUUUUAAAAUAUUUGACUGCUUGUAUUUCAGUGCUUUUUUUUACAGUUUAAUAAUACAGCUAAUGCCUAACCCCUUUUAAGCUACUACUAUACAUCUGCAUAUAAUUACAGUUGUAAAUAACCUGAGGUUGUAUUGUUUAAAUGCAAACACAACUGCAUGAAAAAGGGAACGCAGAACUAGGCCCUUGUGUUACAAGAAAGAGAGAUUAGAGCAGAGCCUCUUGGCUUGAUCUUCAUAUUUUCCUACUGAUUUGGGCCUAAUCCUCCCCGGCUAAACUGUAAUCCACUACACAGAAGGCGUAGGAAGAAGGAAGUCAUCAUGAAGUGAUAAAUGAGAUGGUAAAGAUGUGUGUUUAUGGCUGACCCAGAAUAACCUGUAGUAGGUCAGCAAUAUGUCUUCAUCUUAUCUAAUGCUUCACUGAUGACCUGAGAUUCAGGCACUGAUCUGAGAUCAGUCCUGAUGAUCUGCAGGCAAUGAUGAGAAGGCCAGGUAAGUUCAGACUGCUUUUCAAAGCAGACAUGAAUGUACAAGAAAUUUUUAAGUUUAUGAAUUUCCUGCACAUUAUUCCUUUCUAUUAACCACAUGCAAUGCACCUUUAAAACUGCAUUUCAACCUGGAAAAGGCCAAAUAAUAUCAGUGUAAUAGGAGUUCAGGUGUCUGUGGUGGGAUGAGAAGGGCAUGAUUGGCAGGUGAGGUAUCUAAUCAGACAAUUACUUGCCAAAGCAUGUCAGUGUCUCCCCAGGAACAUCAUUCUUAACGGAUUUAAGGAAAUCGGAUGAAGUGUUCAGGAAGCUGGUUUAACCCCAACAUGCUGUUCUCGUUGCUGUUCUCUUUCUGCCUCUCAACUGACCCACACACCAAAGAGGUCAACCAUGGCAAGAACCAACAUGGAUUUUCUUUUUAAUACAACUGAGCAAUUGAACUUUGACGGCCUUGCUCAGGGACCAGCAGUGGCAGCUUGGUGGACCUGGGAUUUAAACACACAACCUUCUAAUUGGUAGUCAAACACCUUAUCAAGUUAGCUAACAUAUCCCUAGCACAUGAUUCCUAUAUUAAUCUUAUUUAACACAAAAAGAGAAACUAUAUCUGUUUUUGUUUAAACAAAAGAGAAAACGUAAUUCUGGCACAUGGAAAAUAUGCUACUGAAUUUGCAGAUUUUUAAGAUUUUUUUCUCCUAUUACACUCUCUCUUUCUGUUCUGCCUCUUUCUCUCACCAUCCCCCCUUUUUUCCUAAACUGACACAGGACCUCUAACCGUUAGCUGCUUUGCCACUAAUAGGAUCAGAGGUGCUUACUCUGUCAUCUGAUAAAACUUAAGCCGCUUGAUAGCUGUGCAGCACCUUAGCUAAUUUCAACUCAAUUAGCAUAAUGAGGAAACAAGCCAAGAACAUGAGAAAAUAUAUUAACUUGAUAGAUUGAUUGCCUGUCCUGUACACGUUUGAGUGACUUAUUACAUGUGAAGUGGAUCGGACCACAGAUCCUCUCACAGUGAGCUUGCAUUCUUAGAAAUUAAGGCUGCACACACCAGAAUGAGUACUUGAGUAACAAGGAAUGAGUAACAACAUAUACCUAAAAAAACCCAUGUUGUUUGUGUAAAAAUCUGUGAUUCUACAUGUUUUCUUAAACAAGUCAAUCCCACCAUGACCUACAUGCAUGUGAGAUGUCACUUCAUCAUUCUUUAUGUAUGGAGAGGCAAAUGAUAUACAGUAUCUCAAUGUGUGGGUAGUAAGACUUUUAAAUACUUUUAAUAUAUUAUAUCAUAAAUAUAAAUAUAUCAUAUUACAGUAAAGAAAUGUGUGAGGAUGAUUGCAUCUAUGGAUUACUGUUUAUUAUUAAUCUGUCACUUAAACAAAAUGAAUCAAACUGAUUUAAAGUUGGAUUACAACUUACAUGAUAAAUAUGUGACAUUAUUUAUCAAGAUUUGUCUAACACACGAUUCCUUGAGAGUCACUGAGGUGUAAUUUUUUUUUUAUUAGGUUAUCUGUUUUAUGCAUACUGUUAUCUGCAUUGUGUGUGCUGUGUGAGCCACACUGUGGGUUAAUAUAGUACACGCUUUGUUUAUUGUGGUUUUGUGAGUCGGUUUUUCAGUUUGUUGUGUUUUACAGUCGUUAUAAACAAUCAUUCAAGCACAAAACAGCUUUCAGUCAUUCUCAGACAAGUGGAGAUCGUAAUAUAUAAGAUUACAUACAUUCUCCUUAAAUGUUUUUUUUUUAUGUUUUUUGUUGUUUCUUGAUGUUAUGUAUGAAAUAUACAGAGAUUAAGCAGCUGCAUGUACAUGUUAGCAUCCUUCUGAGGCGCUCUAAACCACGCCCACGCAAAGCCCUUCUUCAACCCAAUUCGUUGACAUUUGUGUGUGUAGCGCGCUCGUGCAAAAGUUUUUUUUUUAAUCUCCGAUUGGUCAGCGUUCAGUGCGCGUGAAAGCGUUCUUGUUGAUCAGUAGAAAAGCAGGUAGUUAGCCAAAGUUAUGUAGUUACUCGUCUAUCACAGACUACAACGUGGGUGGGUCGGUUUGCUCAAACAGACUUAUUUGACAGUGCUGUGCUGUAAUUUUACUCUACUAUACUUGGUCGCACUGGAAAUACAGAAAGCUCCAUUUUUGGGACGUCGCUCAUGUGUCAGUGUGCGUGUGACAAUAUCUUUACCAUCGGAAGGGAGAAUAAUAGAUUAAAUUAGUAGAUUAACUUCUAAACGUAACAAAAUGGUGACUGUAAGUUUACUUGGUUAACUGAAACCAUGGCUCUUUAGCCUUACUUCUGAGUGAAAACUGCGCGCGCGCCGGGAGCCUCGUCUGAGAAAUUUCAGGGAAGAAUUCCAAAUUUGGACAGCCUCCACAAGAUUUUUUUUAUCCAGGACUGUCCCAGCUCUCGGAUGCAUUUAUCACUAGAUACUAGUAACAUGGUGGAUGACAGCUGCCCCUCGCCAGGCAACUUCCAUGACAUGGUAAAAGUAGAGGUGGCAUCUGUUGGGACUCAUGUCCACAGCAUUGAUGUGAUUCUGGGCUUCACAAAGGACCCCGUGCCAUUGCUUAAUACUGGACUUAAUGCUGUACCUCCUGAAGUUAGUGUCGAAAGUCCAGGGGAUGCAGAAAAGCAAGAUUUCAUUGUGUCUCCGAGAGACAACUCCGAGCUGCCAACUUUUCACGUACCUGAAACAUUUUCUGACACGUUUGAGUCUGAGCAAAGAGAAGUAUGGAAAACAACUAAGAAUGACCAGAAAUCUCCAGAGCAGACAGAUGAGGAGCAACCGAAGAAGAAGCAUAGGCGAAACCGCACCACCUUCACCACAUAUCAACUGCAUGAGCUCGAGCGUGCCUUUGAGAAGUCUCACUAUCCUGAUGUGUAUAGCCGUGAGGAGCUUGCUAUGAAAGUCAACCUCCCUGAGGUCCGAGUACAGGUGUGGUUCCAGAACCGUCGUGCCAAAUGGAGGCGCCAGGAGAAGAUGGACACUGGUGCCGUGAAGCUUCAUGACUCGCCCAUGCUCUCUUUGAGUCGACCAACUAGCAUUAACACCAUGAGUAACUCGCUGCCUCUGGACCCCUGGUUAGCACCUCCCCUGACCAACACUACACCAAUGCAUUCUAUUCCAGACAUCAUGGGGACUGCACAGGGCCUGCAGACUGGAUAUCAGAGCCAUGGUUUCUUGAACCACACUCAGGUCAUGAACCAAAGUAUGCAGCCCAUGGCACCCCCACAGUAUCAGUGCUCUCCAGUGUUUACUGAUAAAUUCCCCCUGGAAGAAGUUGACCAACGCUGCUUCAGCAUCGCUGCUCUGAGGAUGAAAGCCAAGGAACAUAUUCAAUCCAUGGAUAAAACAUGGCAGCCCAUGUGACUGGACUGAGCCAAAAACUGGCAUGGUGUUAUGUUCUGCUGCAUUAUAACUGUGUAUGAUACAAAUAGAUAAAAUUGAGGGUAGAGGGAGUAAAAUGAAAAAAAAAAACCUGACAACAAUGAGCCCAUUAUGCUUUCAGUUAAAUGGAUUUGUGGAAUUUUUUUGUGGAAUUGUUGUUUUGAUUUGGGUCAGACUGCAUAGGACACAUGAGAAAGAAUUUUUAUGAUGAGCCUAUCCUGUGUUUAAUUUUCUGCAAGCAGACUCAAGUGGUAUUGUAGGCUUUAAAUCAGCUGCUGCACCCUCAGAUAACCUAGACUGUUAAGUCAGAUGAGGUAUCUUUGGAUAAUUAGCUGGAUACCUUGUUUAUUUAUAUUUUUGACAGCCCUAAGGUGGCUGCUUUGACUACAUAUUUUGGCAAAAAGAAAAUGAAACAUAGAGCCCUCAUGUGGCUGGAAUUUAUAAUCAAACUGGGUAUAUUGUCAUUUAUUUUCUUUUUAAUAUAGUUAUUUCUGUUCUGUUUAAGAGUAGUCAAAUUAAUUGCUUAUUUCCUUCUCUUCUGUGAAGAAGAUAUUUAGUUGUUAGAUCUCUAAAACACUCAACAAGAAUUCAAAUCAGCCAACUAUUUUAUCUGAUCAGUUUUAGUCAAAACAAGAAAAGUGAAAUAACAUAUUACCAUUGUGUAGCCAGGCUAGCGUUUUACUGUCAUUCAGAAAAAUUGACCACAGUAAUGCCUCAAAAACCGACAAAAAACAAUGCAUUGCUAGCCCAGCCACUCUGUCACUGUUGAUCUUUCAAUUAAAACCAAUAUGUUGAUGUUUUUGCAAUAAAUGACACUUUUCUGAGUA